GUUAGUUUCCAUGUCUUUAUUUAGAGUGCCUGUUAGCUUACAGUAGCGAGGUAACGUUAGCUUAAUGAACAAGUCACUCAGCUAAUCUGCAAAUCUUAAAGAAGUUAUUUAAACAAUUUAUUUCAUGGGUUCUGUUGUUUUCGUUAACGUACCAAAUGUGCCUUCCUUGUUUGUGUAGCCGCUGACUAACUUAACUGUUGUCCGUUAGCACGUCGACUAGCUUGUUACCCAACCAUUACACGAACAAAGAACGUCAGUGGUUAGCUAGCGGGUUCGGCUAUCGUACUGAAGCUAACGUUAGCAGCUAACGCUUGCUAGCAAGCGGACACCGGCAACUUAACGUGCCUCAGUCCGCGGUUGGCGUUAGUUGCCACUGGCUAUUGUUUAUACAGCUAUGGACGAAGGGACUCUGAGAUAAAAACCACCUGUUCUUCUCCAGUGGCUGGUACUUGACAAUAGAGCUUCGGAUAAAUAACAAUGCCACGCAAGAAGGUGACAGAUGUCUCAGGGAACGGUGGGGUGAAAAAAAAGAGGGCCAGCGGCAAAAGGAAAGAGAGGGACUUCAGUAGUGAUGACGAGUUUGACUUCGAGCAGGAGAACAACAAGAAACCCGGCAAGCCUGCUGCCAAGUCCGGUCUGCAGCCCGUCACUGUGGCCGAUGACGUCAAGGAGAAAAUAAAACUUGAGUGCUCAAAGGUUAAAGGUCAACUGCUCAUCUUUGGAGCAACCAACUGGGAUUUGAUUGGAAGAAAGGAGGUGCCCAAAAGUCAAGCUGCUUUCCGCAACCUUGGCCAGAACCUGUGGGGUCCUCAUCGCUACGGCUGUCUGAAUGAUGUCCAGGUCAGCUUUGUGGUGGCUGGGCCCUGUGCUGCCCACAGUCUCCUCAUGACCACGGAGGGCAAGCUGUGGAGCUGGGGUCGAAAUGACAAAGGUCAGCUGGGUCACGGCGACACCAAGCGUCUGGAGGCCCCCAAGUUGAUCGAGGCCCUAGCAGAUCAUGUGAUAGUCGCUGCAGCCUGUGGACGCAAUCACACCCUCGCACUCACAGAGGAUGGCACUGCAUACUCUUUUGGUGAGAACAAGCUGGGCCAGCUGGGCCACGGGAACCAGACGGACGCAGUACUCAGCCCAGCACCGAUUUCCUACAACGGCCAACCCCUGGUGAAGGUGGCGUGUGGGGCUGAAUUCAGCAUGGUGGUGGACUGCAAAGGGAACCUUUACUCCUUCGGCUGCCCCGAGUACGGACAGCUGGGUCACAACAGCGAUGGCAAGUUCAUAGCUCGCGCACAGCGCAUCGAGUUUGAUUGUGAACUCAUCGCUCGCCGCGUCGCCAUCUUCAUUGAGAAGUCCAAGGAUGGUCAGAUCAUGCCCGUCCCCAAUGUGGUGGUCCGUGAUGUGGCCUGUGGGUCCAACCACACGCUGGUGCUGGACUCUCAGAAGCGAGUGUUCAGCUGGGGUUUUGGGGGUUACGGGCGUCUGGGUCACUCGGAGCAGAAGGACGAGAUGGUUCCUCGACUGGUCAAACUGUUUGACUUUCCUGGACGCGGUGCCAGUCAGAUCUGUACAGGCUACCAAUGUUCCUUCGCUAUCAGCGAGAUGGGGGGGCUAUUUUUCUGGGGCGUUACAAACACUUCCAGAGACUCAACCAUGUACCCCAAAGCUGUGCAGGACCUGUGUGGAUGGAAGGUCCGCAGUCUGGCAUGCGGGAAGAGCAGCAUCAUUGUGGCUGCAGAUGAGAGUACGAUCAGCUGGGGGCCCUCGCCCACAUUCGGAGAGCUGGGAUAUGGAGACAACAAACCCAAAUCCUCCACCACUGCCCAGGAGGUCAAGACCUUGGAUGGCGUCUACGUCGAGCAGGUGGUGAUGGGCUACUGUCACUCUCUGGUGAUCGCCAGGCAGGAAACGGAGCAGGAACAGGAGCGGCUGAAAAAGCUGCCCGAGUACAACCCCCGAACAAUCUGAUCGGGCCUCUGGAGAGGAGACCGGGGAUGCUCAUCAGGAACACAUCUGGCCCGUUAGUCACAGUGGGAUGUGGGGUUCAGGGGAGGCGCUCAGCAGGCCAAAGGAUUUCCACACAUCUCAACCACCAGCAAACCGGCUGCAACUAUUUGGACAGUUUAAUCAGAGAAAAUGGGAGUGGAGACGGAGUCUCUGGAUGAGAAAUGUUCACUUCCCACCUGGAGUGAACCUGCAACAGUCUGCUCCCAGCACUUCAUAGCCAGUCGAGUCCCUUUUCCAAACUCCUUGCUCCAUUUUGUAACGCAGCCAAACGUUCACGUCUCGUUCGGUUUUUCUUUGUUGCAGUAUAUAUAAAAUGAUAUUGUUGUCACAUUUACGGGUGCUAUGACAGGACCCUCAGUCUUUUCCUACUGAGGGGUUUUCGAUGACCAAUGCUCCAUAUCUGUGCCUUUUUCUACGUGUAUGUUCAGGAUAUGGAGGAGUUUGUGCAUCAGGAUUUGAACGACAUGUUUCUGAGUUGCUGCACUCCACACACCGGUUACAUUCCUUUUUAUCUUCAGUGUUUGCAUCCAGUAUGCUCACCUCAGUCCUUCCAAGGCCACCGGGUCUGAUCUCGUCUUUGCUAAUAACUAUUCCGACGCUCGAAGCGGCUUCACAAGCAGGUCUGAACCACCGAUAAAUGCACUCGAAGCAUAUCAAGCCAUGUGCUUGUUAACAGCAGAGGCGUUUUCCUCCUCCCUGUACUGCUUUCUUUUUAACGGUGACAUUUCUCUGGGUUACUUUUUUUUUUUUCAUCGAAAUGGUUAAAUAAAGAUUCAUGUGA